ACCUUUGACUUUUCACGUUUGACAGCCUUUCAUUUUUUAAGCCAUCAGUUUAGUGUAAAUUAAGUAGGUACUUACUUAAAAUUAAAUUCAAAAUAAAAAUUAUUUCUUUAACAAUAUAGAAGAUUUUCAUUCCAACACACGAAAACAGAUUUUGUUUUCACGGAAGAUGUUUGACAAAGAUUUUACCAAAUAUGCAACGACGACAUAUGAUCCAAUAAAAAUAGGUUCAAUAGACGGUACUGACACUGCUCCUCAUGACCAUGGGAUUGUAAGAGCACUGAACUCUGAAUAUGUUCCGAAUAAAAAAGUUAAAGGUGAUCCCAAUCAUACUAUAUUUGUCGCCAGACUGAACCCGAGGACGACAGAGGAUACAAUAUAUUCAGAAUUUUCAAAAUUUGGAAAAGUGAUCAACUGCAGACUUGUGAAGGACAUAGUGACUGGAAAAUCAAAGCAGUAUGCUUUCGUAGAAUAUGAGAACUUGUCUAGUUUGGAUGGAGCUUUAAAGGAUAUGAACAAUGAAUAUUUAGAUAGUUUUGAGAUCAUAGUGGAGCGGGAAGCAGAAAGGCGUCUCAGAGGGUGGAGGCCGAGACGGCUCGGGGGAGGAUUCGGGGGUCGGAAGGAAUCUGGGCAGCUGAGAUUUGGAUGCAGAGAAAGACCCUUCAGAAAACCAAUAGUAAUUAAUCCUAAAAAUGUCAAAGUAGAACCUAAAUAG